CUGUACUAACACCGUAGGAGCGGCACGCAUCUCCACGACCGAGGCCAGCAGCAAAUCCAAUUUUCAUUGUAUACAGUUAGGAAUGGAGAUAUAAUGUACUGGAAAACCGAGGAUGGUCUACUCCUCUCUUGCAGGACAAUGGAGCCGACUGAAGACAGAAUUGUUUACAUCAGCAGAACGGAAACAUUCAGCGCCGCACACAGGCUCUUCAAUGAAAAGCUGACAGAUGUGGAAAAUGAGAAAAUAUUUGGAAAAUGCAGCGCAGUAAAUGGUCAUGGCCACAACUACAAAGUUCGUGUGACGCUGCGUGGACCGGUUCAUCCAGUCACAGGGAUGGUCUUCAACCUUACCAUUCUAAAACGUCUUAUGACUGAAUGCAUCAUGGAUGUCCUCGACCACAAGAACAUCAACAUGGACGUCCCUCACUUCCGGCAUACGGUCCCAACCUCGGAGAACAUUGUCAUCUUCAUCUGGAAUCAGUUGAAGAAGAAGCUCGAUGACGAUCUCCUGUAUGAAGUGCACAUGCAGUCCAACGAGAGUGACGCGGCCACGUAUCGUGGGGAGAACGCGGCCGGGCUUUCAUAGUUACACUAGCCGACCCUGCAGCUGAUCGCGAGACACACGAGCACCUGCCGCGGAGAGAACGCGCACGUCCGCUGAAAGCUUAAUCUGCUACCCUGCAGUCUAUCGCACUUACGUUGCACGAAUAUGUUCAACAUGCCCUUUCUGGAACAAAUAAAAUGCAUUAUUGAGUUGUA